AUGAGUAAUCGGGUUAAUACUAUAGUACGACGAAGCGUACCAUGUUACUUUUGUAAUGAUUUUUUGGAAGAGAAAUAUUUGUACGAUCACGUGAAACAUUGCGAAGCUGUUUUAGAGGAAUGUCCUUUCAAAUGUGGAGUUUAUAUACCUCGAAAAAAUAUAGAAGAUCAUCGAAAAACGUGCAACAGAAAUACUAUCAAAGGGAACAAUCGGAUAAAGGAAAUACAAGAUUCUUUAUGGAGGAAUAAAGUAUUCUCUGCCUUAACAUUGCUUCGUUCUGUAAUAAAGAACGAAGAAAAAGAACGUAGAGUUCUUCAAGAUAAUGUGUGUCAAUGUAUAAAAUUACUAAACUCCCAACAAGAAACGAUUGAUACUUUGCAUUUUGAAGUUACAAAGACAAUAAAGGAAUGUCGCGAGUAUAAUAUAAAUUUCAAUCAAAGAUUAAAUGAUGUAGAAGUAACUUGCGACAAUAUAAAACAGCAUACCAAUUUAAGUUUCCAACGGAUCUCCGAGCAACUGAAGAUUUUUCACGAUGAAUUAACUAAUGAACAAAAUAAACACGAUGAAGUAGUUGGCAAUUGGUGUUUAGAAUUAACCGAUUUAAAGACCUUUUUAAGUAAAGAAAGCAUACACCUAAAUAAUAUAUGGCAAGAGCAGCAGCAAUCAUUUCACGAUCUUAAAUUAGAAUUGGAAAUGAGAUGUAAGAAUUCAAAGGAAUUAAUAGAUCAGCAGACGUACAUAACGGAGAAAAUGAAAAGUUUAGAGGAAGACGUACAACAGCAAACGCAAAUUGUAACUAAUCAAGAGAGUAAUAUCAAAGGAUUGAAGUUUCAAAUGAAAGAAAAUUUGAAGUAUCUUGAGGAACUGAUUGGAGAAAAUUCAGAAUUUAAAAAUCAGGAAUUCCUUGAGUGUCAGUGUAAAAAUGAACAUUUUGAUCAAUAUUCAAUUAACGGUCGUCUUUUGUGGAGAAUUGAUUGCUACGACGAAAAAUUAACCGAAGCAAAGAAAAAUAAUUGUGUACUAUAUAGUCCAAAAUUUUUAAAUAAAGAAUACGGAUAUACUUUGAGAAUGAAAUUAUUCCUAAAUGGUAUAGGACAAUGGAAAGAGCGACACAUUAUCGGAUGUCUACAAGUUGAAACCGGAAAAUGGGAUCCACUAUUAGAUUGGCCUUGUGUACUUAAAGCAACAGUUACAUUAAGAAAUCAAGAAAAUCCUAUAAACGAUAUAAAGAAAGUCGUUAAAGCUGUAGGACAAGAUAAAUCAAAUUCCGACGUAAAUAAAGAAACUGGAAUUUAUAUGUUUAUCCCACAUAGUACUUUAACUCGAUAUUCUGGAUAUAUUAGAGACAACGCGUUAUUUUUAGAUAUUCAAGUGAAAGAUAUAAAAACUAGCGUUUCUACGUCAUCGCUAACGUCAUAA